CGCGACUCUGGGGCCUCAGUGCGCGUGCGAACAGGUGGCUCCACCCCUUUACCUGCUUUCGCAUUUCUCAUGCUUCCCGCGCGUCUCACUCUUACACUGUUCUGCAGGAUCCUGCGGCCAUCCGCUCUCAUGGUAGUGCGACAUGGACUGCCGGAGAAGCUCCACGAGAGAAGAUGCGCGGACGGCUGCUCCCAGCACGCAUCGGGUCUGGGUCGUGGGCCUCCCCGUGGCCCGACAGCGACUCCCGGGGGUUACGAAGGAAGGGCUGACAUGGAGGAGCAUUUUCUGUUCCCCGAGUACGUCCCGGAGCCGGCUCCCGCACUGAGCCUCCAAGACCAGCUGCGGAAGCUGCAGCAGCAGCAGCAACAGGAGGAGAAGGAGCGACAGAUGCAACAGGGCAGGAGGAGCAGGACAGCAGCUUUAAUGGCCUGCCGGCAAGUGCACCUGGUCGUGGGGCAUCCGGACUCGACGGUGCAGCUCAGCCUCCUGAACUGUUCAGGUUGUGGAGGAGCUGCACAGAAAGACCGCGGGCUGGCGCGGAAGGUGUGCCAGCGCUGCUGGCGGCUGAUUCAUCACCGGCGCGCCCUGCGUCUGCAGAUGAGCCGCGAGCGGUACCUGGAGCUGGUGAGCGCCGCGCUGCGGCGGCCCGAGCCCUCCCUGGUGCUCUGUAUGGUGGACCUCCUUGAUAUGCCGGACAACCUGCUGCCUCACCUGCCCGCGAUGGUGGGCCCCAAGCAGCUGAUCGUGCUAGGAAACAAGGUGGACCUCCUGUCCCAGGAUACUGCUGGUUACCGGCAGCGGCUCCAGGAGCGACUGUGGGACGACUGUGCCCGCGCCGGGAUCCUGCCGCCCCCUGGCUACCGAGGGCCACAACACCCGAACAAGGAACAGCCUCGGUACGGGGCGGAGAAUGUGAAUCCUUCGGCCAAGUCCCGCACAGUGCUCAGGGACAUGCGGCUCAUCAGCGCCAAGACUGGCUAUGGAGUCGAAGAAUUGAUCUCUGUGCUCCAGCGCUCCUGGCACUACCGCGGCGCCGUCCGCUUGGUUGGCGCCAUCAACGCUAGCAAGACCACUCUCUUCAACACACUCCUGGAGUCCGAUUACUGCAUCACCAAGGGUACUGAGGCUAUCGACAGGGCUACCGAUUUCCCCUUGGCCUGUGGCCACUUUUCAACUGCCCAACAGCCACGUCAUUGGAGAAAGUUGUAUUGGAUAGUGCUGAGUGAAGAGAAGUUACAGAAUGGCAGGAUUUCCUCCUCUUGUUGCUGAAGACAUUACAUUAGACGAAGGACCUGGGGAAUCUGAAGCAGUGGCUGAUACCAAGUUCUCCUCUGCAGGCUGGGUCGCAGUAACGCCUCAGUUUAAAGACAGACUGCACCUCUGAGGCUAUACACCUCAAGGAACAGUACUGACGGUCCGGCCCCUGCUCUUACCACAUAUCGUCAACAUCACAGGAGAGCGCAUCCCAAGAAGCGCGGCCUAUAAAACCAAGAAGCCUCCUUCCCUUGUGUACAAUCUGCAGAAAAAGAAAAGAAGAUAAAUAUACGAAGCUGACCUUGUUCACAAUGAAGAUUAACCAUAUAGAACAUAUUACAUAUGUUGAAUUUUGUUAAAUAUCACCGUAAUAAAGCAACCCCCACCUUCCCCUUUUUAAA